CUCAUUGACUGGUUGGUGCCGGGGAGUCGGUGCGUUUCAACUAUUCUCGGAACAAGUACAUUUUAGGGUGACUUUUUACUCUAUUAGAUUUGAGGAGGGCUUUCACUUAGAAAACACGCCCUCUCAAGCCUAACAAAUAUUAGAAUCCACUUGCCCGUCCGUGUCUGCUUGUCAGUGCAUACACGAAGAGAGGGUUUAGGCUGUUUAGGCUACCGAUUCAAGAGGUAUUUUAGACGAACAUUUCGUAUCCAUAGAGUAAACCACUGUCAAUGGUUUGCAGGCUUAACUUAAUUCGGAUUUCGUUUAAUUAGUAAUUCACCAACAAGAAGGCACUGAACGCUGAACUGCAUAGGUAGCUGUUCCAUGGAGAAGGAUUUUGCGACGCCAUCUAGGGAUGCAGGGCCGAGCAUGGCCACAGGCUCGGGGGCUGCAGAUUCCGCCUUGCCGGAAGAGACGCAGCCACCCAAACCGCCUGGCCAACAUGCGGUGUCCGUGUUGUGGUCCUUUGGAAAAUGCCUGGCUACACUUUUGCCAGUUUACCUGGCAGGAUACUUUGGGUUUAGUAUCACCUUAGUUCUGUUCGGUCUGAUGGUCUACAUGGGAUGGACACACAGUCGCAACGAGAAAGUGAUGCGGCUGCGGUCUGCCUUGUACGUAUUGGAGAACGAGAGAGCAUACGCCACUGCAGGGGCUUUUAGGAGUAAACGGGAGUUACCCCCAUGGGUCAACUUUCCGGACGUGGAGAAAGUUGAGUGGAUGAACAAGAUUCUGCAGCAGGCGUGGCCGUUCGUGGGCCAGUAUCUGGAGAAGUUACUGGUCGAAACCAUUGCUCCAGUCAUACGUGCAUCCAACACCCACCUACAGACCCUCAGCUUCACCAAAGUCAACCUAGGGGACAAGGCCCUGAAGGUUGUGGGAGUGAAGGCUCACACGGAGCACAACAAGCGGCAGGUCUUACUGGAUCUGUACAUUAGCUAUGCGGGUGAUGUGGAGAUCAAUGUGGAGAUCAAAAAGUACUUUUGCAAAGCAGGAGUGAAAGGGGUACAGCUACAUGGAAUGUUGAGGGUUAUUCUGGAGCCCCUGAUUGGAGACGUUCCUUUGGUGGGAGCCGUCACCAUGUUCUUCAUACGCAGGCCUAAGCUGGACAUCAACUGGACUGGGCUGACCAACUUGCUGGAUAUCCCUGGACUCAAUGCCAUGUCGGACACUAAGAUAAUGGAUGCUAUAGCCUCGUACCUGGUCCUCCCCAACCGCCUCACUAUCCCCCUGGUGGCCGACCUGCACGUUGCGCAGCUCCGCUCCCCUCUCCCACGGGGAGUGGUGCGAAUCCACCUGCUGGAGGCUGAGGAGCUGACAGCCAAGGACACGGUCAUUAAGGGGAUAAUAGACGGGAAGUCUGACCCGUACGCUGUGCUACGUGUGGGAACCCAGACCUUCACAUCACACACCGUGGACAGCAACCUCAACCCACAGUGGAGAGAGAUGUAUGAGGUGAUUGUCCAUGAAGUGCCUGGUCAGGAGUUGGAGGUGGAAGUGUUUGAUAAAGACCAGAACCAGGAUGACUUCCUGGGCAGGGUCAAGAUGGAUCUAGAUAUCGUACACAAGGCCAGAGUUUUAGAUGAGUGGUUUAGUCUGAAGGAUGUACCAUCUGGCAGUGUUCACCUCCGUCUGGAGUGGCUCUCUCUGCUGUCCUCUGCUGACCGACUCAAUGAGGUUAUCCAGAGGAACCAGAAUAUGACCUGUAAGACAGCAGACCCUCCUUCGGCAGCCAUCCUGGCUGUCUACCUGGACCGGGCUCAAGACCUGCCUAUGAAAAAGGGUAACAAGGACCCCAGCCCCAUGGUGCAGCUGUCCGUAGAAGACACAACCAAGGAGAGUAAGACUUGUUAUCUUACCACUGACCCAGUGUGGGAAGUUGCCUUCACAUUCUACAUCCAGGACCCUCGCAAACAGGAAAUUUCUAUUCAGGUGAAGGAUGAUGACCGGGCUCUGUCUCUUGGCAGUCUGUCCAUCCCUCUGUCCCGUCUGCUGGCUAGUCCUGACCUCAGCAUGGACCAGUGGUUUCAGCUGGACAACUCUGGCCAGGCCAGCCGCAUCUAUAUCAACGCUGUUCUGAGGGUGCUGUAUUUAAAUGAGGAUGCUUCUCCUACCAGCCCCGUAUCUCCUCACCCCCUAAGCCCAGGGUCAGGCCACGGAGAUGGGGGUAUCUCAUCAGAGGUGGCCCCUGGGGGAGUGAGUGGAGCCCCCAAACCUGUACCCACCCGACCCCAGCAGACCACCCCUGACUCGGACUUUGCUAGUGAGGGUGUGCUGCAUAUCCACCUGGUGGAGGCCAGUAACCUGAUAGCCAAGGAUAACUUCAUGGGGGGCAUGGUGAAGGGGAAGAGUGACCCCUACGUCAAGAUCAGGGUGGGGGGAGUCACCUUCCGCAGCCACACCAUCAAAGAGAACCUCAACCCCUACUGGAACGAACUCUACGAGAUCAUACUAACCCAGCUGCCUGGUCAGGAGAUCCAGUUUGAGCUGUUUGAUAAAGAUCUGGACCAGGAUGACUUCUUGGGCAGGUUCAAGUUGAACCUGCGAGACAUCAUCAGCUCACAGUUCACUGAUGAGUGGUACACUCUGAAUGACGUGAAGUCAGGUCGGGUUCACCUGAUCAUGGAGUGGCUCCCCAGGCUCUCAGAGUCCGCCAGACUAGACCAGAUCCUUCAGUUCCAGGCCGAGCAGCAGUACCAGAACAAGGCAGUGCCGUCGGCUGCUGUGCUGUUUGUGUAUGUGGAGAGAGCACACAGCCUGCCGUUGAAGAAGAACGGAAAAGAGCCAAAAGUGGGGGCGGAGAUUCUGCUGAAGGCCAUGUCAUACAAGACCAAGGUGUGCGAGCGCUCUACGUCUCCUCGGUGGGAUGAAGCUUUCCACUUCCUGGUUCGUGACCCUAAAGAGGAACUUCUUAUAGUGAAGUUGUCCCACAGCUGGGGCCAGGCCCUGGGCACGGUGGUACUACCACUGAGAGAGGUUCUGUCAGAGCAGGGCCUGGUGCUGGACCGAUGGCUGAGUCUGGACGGGGCCCUCCCUGAGAGCCAGAUACUACUGAGGGCCACACUCAAGAUCUUGGACACCCAGCUGGCAGUGUGUCGCAGUGAUGGUACUAGGGAGGGCAGUGAGGACAGAGACCAUGUCAUCCACAGACGGGACACUGAACCAAACCUACGACACAGAUCACCGCUCUCUCAACUGAUGCGAGGAGAGGACGGAGGAGAGGACGCGAGGAGUCGAGCAAAACCAAUUGAGAUUCUCCCCCUGUCUACCUGUGUCUCCUCGCUCAGAGGUGAUCAGAGCCCCGGCCAGGUGAAGCUGCAAAUUGGCUACUCAAUAGAGGAGAACCGGCUGUUCAUCACCGUCCUUUCCUGCAGGGGCCUGCCAGCUUGUGGGUCUGCUAAGGACGGGUCCGAUCCCUAUGUCUCCUUCAUCCUUCUGCCAGACAAGAACAGGAUCACCAAGAGAAAGACCAACACCAAGAAAAGAGACCUCAAUCCUGAGUUCAAUGAGAGGUUUGACUUCGACUUCUCUCUGGAAGAGUCCAUGCAGAGAAGACUGGACCUGACUGUCAAAAACAACGUCUCCUUCAUGAGCCGGGAGAGAGAGCUCAUUGGAAAGUUACAGCUGGAUUUGGAUCAGAUGGACCUGAAGAGUGGCAAUGCACAAUGGUACGAUUUGGUAGAGGAAACCAAUUAGAUGAGAGGAGGGCCUCGCUUUCCCACAGUGCAAUGUUCCUUUUACUAUCACUUCUUCAGUUUGUUUUUAUAUUUUUAUUCAGCUUAUGAGCCCUGGGGCCACCACUGAAGAAUUGCUUACAUUGCAUAUCAUCCCAACAAUACCCCAAUUCAUCUGUAAAUUGAAUUCCUCCAAUCAAUGACAGAUUUGGUCUGUGUUACUACUGUGCUAUGAAGGCUCUGGAAAGAGAGAAUUCCUAAUUCCAGAGUCAUGAGAACAUUUUUAUUUAAGAUUGUUUGACUGAAUAGAUAUUUGAUAUGAAAGCAACUAUGAAAUAUACACUGAGUGCACAAAACAUGAAGAAUACCUUCCAACUAUUGAGUUGCACCCCCCCAUUUUGCCCUCGGAAUAGCCUAAAUUUGUCAGGGGCAUGGACUAGAAGGUGUUGAAAGCGUUCCACAGGGAUGCUGGCCCAGGUUGACUUUUAUGCUUCCCUCAGCUGUCAAGUUGGCUGGAUGUGUUUUGGGUGGUGGACCAUUCUUGAUACACACGGGAAACGGUUGAGUGGAAAAACCCAGCGACAUCGCACUCCUUGACACAAACUGGUGCGCCUGGCACCUACUACUAUACCCCGUUCAAAGGAAAUGAAAUAUUUGUCUUGCCCAUUCACCCUCUGAAUGGCACACAUACACAAGCCAUGUCUCAAUUGUCUUAAGGCUUAAUGUCCCCUUCAUGUACACUGAAUGAAGUGGAUUUAACAAGUGACAUCAAUAAGGGAUCAUAGCUUUCAGCUGGAUUCACCUAGUCAGUCUGUGAAGGAAAGAGCAGGUGUCCUUCAUGUUUUGUACAUCAGUGUAUGUUACCAAAGCACUUAAAUUGUAUUAAGUCACAAAAGGCAUUUAGCUUCAAUCACAUUGAUGUUUUUGAUGUCUCUUUUAAUGUUUGAUUAUGUAUUUUUGUCAACCCCAGAGCACCACAAAAAAAAAAAAAAAAAUCCGGAACGGUUUCAACUUUUAAGUGUUUAGAGUUGUUCUAACCGGUUAAGUUAUGAUCUACUCCAAAAAGGAAUUGUUCUCAGAGUAAUUUUUUUCAUUUUUUCAUUUUGUUUUUAAGUGGUUUCAUUCCAAAGAUAUCAACAACUUAACGUGAUGACUUUACGUACCAUCAUUGAUGUUUACAAUCCAAAUGAAAUGGUUACUGAUUCCUGCAAUUAUUCUUUUAGUGAUGCUUUAAAGAAACAAUGUUUUAACUCAUCAAUUCCUUCUAUUAUCCUGUUUUUAUAUGUUACAUUUUUGCCUUAUGUAUUCCAAUACUUGUGCACAAUUGGUUUAACUAAUGAUUAUAUGUUAAUUCUGUUCCAAAUGAAGACAUUUUAAAUGUUUUAAUCAUAUAUAUUUGUGGGUUGAUUUUAUAAUUCAGGAGAAGUAUUACGAAAUGACCCAGAACAUCACAUUUGCCAGUGAAAAUGUUACACAUUCUAGCUUUACAGUAUUGCAAUAUCCGAAUCACUGUGCUUUUCUUUGAUCAAGAGAACGUUGUAGCUAUAUAAUUCAUGUAUGUUCACAUUCCAAGGCAGCAUUGUGUUGUAUACAGUAUGUUUGUGUGUAAUUGUAUGUGUUUGUAGUGCCAAUAGUGACCUGGGGUCUGCUAUAAGUCAGUCAAUCAGAGUCAUGUUACAAGUUGUUUGUUAUAAAACACUUAGUCUUAGAUAGUCACUUAGUCUUAGACCCUGAAAGAACACUGAGGGACCGUUUCCUAGACACAGAUUCAUCCGAUCCUAUACUAAGAAGCACGUUUAAUGGAGAUUCCAUAGAAAGUGUUGUUUUUGUCCAGGACUAGGCUUAAUUUGUGUCCAGGACACCGGCUCUGAAAGAAGCAGGCAAAUUAUUUGGCAAGGAAAUUCCCUUCCCUCUGCUGUCAUCUCACUGCUAAGGCUUGAAAAUGUUAUGAAAUGUUUGUAGACAAUAUAAAGAAGUAGGGGGGGGGAGAGAAAGAUGGAGACAAAAGGAGAGAGACGAAGAGAAAGACGACGGAGAGAGACGGAGAGAAAGACUGCUGCUUUAACACAUUUGCCUAAUCACUGAAUGUCUGUGUCGUAGUUGUUUCAUUAAACGUUUGCACUCGC